ACUCUUCUUCUCUUCCUUCAGUUCAGUGAAUGUUGUCUGUUUUGUAGUAGGUGGAAGUCGUCGUUUUGUGUAUCCCAUGUUGUUUUGUUUAUAAGUCUAAUGUUAAUGUUGUUGUUUUAGUGUGAGGAGUUUGCAGUGUAAAAAAGUUUUUAUUAUUAGCAAUGGCAGAGAAUGACAGUGAAAUAAAAACUACCGAAGUAGUAGAAAACGCAUGGACUUUGAAAAUACCAGAAUUUAAACCUGAACACAAUCCUCAUGGUCUCCUUGAAGAAAGUUCGUUUUCUGUUAUAUUUCCUAAGUAUCGAGAACAAUAUCUUAGACAGUGCUGGGAUUUGGUAAAAAAUUCUCUUGAGUCUCAUCAUGUUAAAGCAGAACUUGAUUUAGUAGAAGGUAGCAUGACGGUGAGAACUACAAGAAAAACAUGGGAUCCCUACAUUAUUUUAAAAGCAAGAGAUAUGAUUAAACUCUUGGCAAGAAGCGUUCCUUUUGAACAAGCCCAAAAGGUUCUUCAGGACGAUAUUGGUGCAGACAUAAUCAAAAUUGGAGGUAUGGUGAGAAAUAAGGAGAAGUUCGUGAAAAGGCGACAACGGAUCAUUGGACCAGCUGGAUGUACAUUAAAAUCUAUUGAGUUAUUGACAAAUUGCUACAUUCUAGUACAAGGGCAGACUGUUGCAGCUCUAGGUCCUUACAAAGGACUUGUUCAUGUACGACAGAUUGUAACGGACACUAUGAACAAUAUCCACCCAAUCUACAACAUUAAACGGCUAAUGAUACAGAGGGAACUGGCCAAAGAUCCUAAACUGUGCAAUGAGAAUUGGGAAAGGUUCCUACCAAAAUUCGUGAAUAAGAAUAUCAGCAAGAGAAAGCAACCGAAGAACAAGAAAAUAAAGAAACCAUACACACCAUUCCCACCUCCUCAGCCUUUGAGCAAAGUGGAUAUAAUGUUGGAGUCUGGACAGUACUUCCUUAAGGAUGAACAGCGGAAGAAGAGAAAGAAUGAAAUGAAAGAAAAGAAACAACAAGAAGCAAAUAAGGCUCGCCAAGAAAAGAGAAAUAAAGCUUUUGAACCUCCUGAUGAAUCUUCGCUGAAGCGUCCAUCUGCUACAGUAAAUAAGUCUUCUGAUGUAAAUAUUGAAGAACUAAAAAAGAGUGUUAAAAAGUUAAAAAAGAAAUAAAAAUAAAUGUUAAAAA